CUAAUGUCCCGAAAUGUGGCGAAAAUCAGUCAGGUGGUUUUUGGUGCGAAUCUGCGCCCGAAUCGGCUGCUAGCUUCUGUCCCGCGCCGCGUCCUCACUGUAUAAGGAAGCAAGUCCAAGUGCUGGUUGUGGUCCAUCUCCACUGUGGUGUCUAACGGGUCUCACACCAGUGCAAACCUCGGGUCUCUCACCAGCGUGCUAACGGGUCUCUCACCAGCGUUGUGCUCCGUGGUCUCUCACUGGCGUUGUGUUCUGUGGUCUCUCAUCAGCGUUGUGUGUGCCGUUCUAACCGCAAGUUGCUGCAACUGAAGCAUCAAUGCCUGUAGCCCAGGAGGAGUCUGGACAAGCCGCAGUUCAGGCAGUGCUCGACAACAUGGAGGAUCUUGGGAGUGCCGGAGCCAAGGACACGGACCUGAUCUUCCUGAAGGGUCUCAUGGACAGUCCCGUCAUGAAGUCCCUGGUUAGGGACUUGAACAACACGCCCCCACCUGAAGAUCCAUCGGCCCACGACCGUCUGGAGGAACAGAAGCUGGAGCCUGUUCGCGAGGAGAAUUUGAAGCUGGUGGAUGACAUUGUGACGGACCUGAACCCCGUCAUCGCCAGUAGCAACGACGCCGCGGAACUCUCCGGACUGCUCAACGAGCCGCACUUCAAGGCUCUGCUGGAAGCGCACGACGCGGUUGCCGCCAAGUCGUACGAGACGCCGCCCCCCUCCCCGGUGCAGCUGUCGUCACCCCCUCCUCCCGCGUACAACGGCAUGGCUCCAGGCGACGCGAUCCGGAUGGUCGGCAUCCGCAAGUCGGAGGGCGAGCCGCUGGGGGUCACGCUCAAGGUCGAGAACGGAGAGCUGGUCAUCGCCAGGAUCAUGCACGGCGGCAUGAUCGACAGGCAGGGUGCGGGUCUCCUCCAUGUUGGUGAUAUCAUUAAGGAGAUAAACGGCAAAGAUGUCUCCAACAGCCCCGAGGCUCUGCAGGAUUACUUAAAGAACGCCACCGGCAGCAUCACACUCAAGAUCCUGCCCAGCUACCAGGAGAACCUGCCUGCUACACAGGUGUACAUGAAGACCCACUUUGACUACGACCCAGCCAAGGACAACCUGAUCCCCUGUAAGGAGGCGGGACUCGCCUUCCAGAAGGGAGACGUGCUGCAGAUCGUCAACCAAGACGACGCCAACUGGUGGCAGGCGGCAAACGCGGAGAAUAACGGCCCGGCGGGGCUGAUUCCGAGUCAGGUGCUCGAGGAAAGACGGAAGGCCUUCGUCAAACCCGAGUACGACUACGUGGAACGACCCAGCGGUAUUCUUGGGUGCGGACCUCUGGCCAAGCAGAAGAAGAAGAAGAUGAUGUACCUGUCCGACAAGAACGCAGAGUUUGACCGUCACGAGCUGCCGAUUUACGAGGAGGUCGCCAAGAUGCCUCCGUUCCAGCGUAAGACGCUGAUCCUGAUUGGUGCUCAGGGCGUCGGCCGGCGCAGCCUCAAGAACCGACUCAUUCUCAGCGACCACGAGCGAUUCGGAACCACCAUGCCACAUGCUUCUCGGCCCCUGCCAGGAACCAGCCAAGACACCUCCCGUGCCCCCCGUGAAGGUGAGGAGGACGGUAAGGGGUACUACUUUGCCGACAAGUCUGCGAUGCAGCAGGACAUCCGUGACCACAAGUACCUGGAGUCCGGGGAGUACGAAGGGAACCUGUACGGAACCAAGCUCGACUCCGUGCGAAACGUCAUGCGCUCAGGCAAGAUGUGCAUCCUGGACGUCAACCCGCAGGCGCUGAAAGUCUUGAAGACGCCGGAGUUCAUGCCGUUUGUCGUCUUCAUCGCGGCUCCGAGCGUCGAAACGCUGAAGGAGAUGCACGAGCAGGCGCGGGCCGAGGGAGCCACCAACAAAACUCUCACGCCUCACCCAACCAAAAGAGCUGAGUUCACAUUUGAGGAACGGAGGGAAGGAAAGAGCCAGGAGAAGGAGGAGAAAGCCCCUGUGGCGAAACUGAAGAAGGCUUUGACAGUGGACAGAGAAGGUUCGGAAGAGAAGGAAGAAGGUUCGGCACUCAUGAAAAGGGCACACCUGGAGAUUAAUCAUGACAGACAGAGUUUCAUGGAGAGGAAAAAACAGGAGGAGGAGGAGGGAUCCAACCAAGAGGAGGAGAAAACCAUGGGCAAUCUGAUACAGAGGGCUCAGAAGGAAAUAACCGAGGAUCGACAGUCGUACAUUGAGAAAAAGGAGAAGGAAGGAACCCCGACUCCUGACAAGGGGGAACCUUCUAACCUCAUACAGAGGGCCAGAAUGGAACGACAGCAGUCAGUCAGCUCACACAGGGUAAAACCUACAUGUGGCUCUUUCUGGUCCACUUUCUGUUGUUUUAUCUUUUUGCUUUCCUUACCAAUCAUCAAACUCUACACUGUAAUAAUACAGCCAUAUCUGAAUUCCACCCAUUGUGAACUCACUGCUGUUCUUGUUGUGUUUUUUUUAUAACCACAUAUGACCUUGUCUCCCAAUGUCAACCAUAUGUUCCCUACCCAUCAUGCACCAUUA